AUGUUCACCAUCGACCGGGAAGCCAUGAAGAGAGAUGAUCAUUCAAUAUUUCUAUUGGACAUCGACCCCGGCCAGCCAGAAUACUCACCUCCGGGACAAGUAUCUCUCAUCGAACUCCGCCAACCCAUUUUUGGUCCCCCUUUCACCCACCCCAGCGCCAGCACCGGGUCCUACCAGCGAACCAUCCGCUCCCACUUCAUCGGUGCCAACAGCCCGAAGGACAACCCAGAGCACUUCAUCGAAUGCGUCGUCGACCUAAUGACACACUACCAAAAACACCUCACCUUUGGCAACACCCACGGCCCCAUCAUCGUCAACUCGCCCGGCUGGAUCAUCGGCACCGGCCUCCAAAUCCUCACCACCCUCAUCGCCCGCCUCUCGCUCACCGACGUCGUCUACACCACCGACGAACCGAGCCGUAGCCACGACGCGCUCCGCACAGCCGCCGCCUCCGCCUCCGUCCCGCGCUUCCAAGCCAUCCCCACUCAGCCCUCCGGCGCAACCGCACCCGCCCGCACCGCCGCCGAGUUCCGCGACAUGCAAACGCUGUCGUACUUCCACCUCGGCGCGCCACAGCAAGGCUCGCCGACGCAGUCAUGGGACGCCACCCUGCUCGCCGCCCACAAACCCUUCGUCCUCUCGUACGCAGGAGCGGCAGCGGGAGAAGAUCCAACGCCAGAACAGCGAGGCGACGAUCCGACGACAGCAUCCCGCGACUUCCUCGCCGUCAUGCUGCUCGGCGAAGCGCUGCCGCCCAGCACGCUCGCCACCAUCCUCAACGGCGCCGUCAUCGGCAUCGUUGCGCUCUCUCCAACCACAACAACCACCGCCAACGACCUCAGCACCGCCAUCAUCCGCACCCCGGCCGAGAACAUCCCUCUCUUAUCCGCCGCCGCGAUCAGCGGUGGUAAUAGCGGACACAUCGAGCCGCUCUCCCCGCAGACCUCGCACCUCGUCUGCCUCGGGCUCGUGCGCGGCAUCGACGCCGCGCGGCAGGCGCUGCACCUGCUCGUACCGGCCGCGUGCGAGCACCUGGUCGCCGAGCUUGCGGCGCCCGAGCGGACGGUGCUGGUGGUCGGCGCGGGGAUGGACACGCCCGGCUGGGCGUACCUGGAGGAGUUGCAUGCGGCGGAGGCGAGGAAGAGGGCGAAGAAGGAGAAGGCGGCGGCGGCAGAGCAAGGAGAUGAUGAAGAAGUGAUGGCGGAUGUAGAUGUAGACGUGGAUGCUGAUGUCGAUGUCGACGUGGCGGAGAGGCCGUGGGUACAGAAAAUGGAAGAGGGCGACGUGCCGGGGGCGAUGGGGAAGAAGCGGCGGUUGAGGAGAUUCGUGAAUUAG